GGGGGCAGCCUCACGGGCCUAUCUCAGAGAUGUGGAGUCGACUGAUUAAAAUCAGAGCAGAUUCGGACAGCGGCUGUACACACUACCACCCACAAGGCGGCGCUGUUGAUCCUGUUUCGGUAUAAACUUUUUAUCAGGCGACGCUAAAGAUACAAUUUAUUCUUGUGAUACUGUUUUUAUACCGUUUGCUGUGGGAAUUGCAUUCAUUGUAUUUCACAAGCAGUGAUUUUUUUGGUUUCACUAUACGUCGUCCGUGCGUUCGCCGGCGGCUCCAUCGAUCUGAUUGAUUAGUUUCUCGCCCGAAACGAGGCUCUCUGUCGCUCGCGGGCGGGCGGUGACCUUUGAAACCCCGCAGCGCACGCCGGCUGCCAUUUCUCUCCGCCCGGCGCCGUGUGUCGCGGCAGGAAUGCUGUCCGUCCUGCGGUCCUGGCUGCCCGCUCUCCCCGGCGUGUCGUGGCUGUCGCCCGGCACCGCCACGCUAGACUCGCUGCUGCAGGGGCUGGUGGGCGCGUGCGGGAUCUCGGUGCUGUGUAACCUGCUGCGCGUGCACGCGUUCAUCAAAGGCUUCAGUGACCCGGGCCGGGCCAGUGGAGACCGGGUGCAGUUGCACAGGAGAGGCGGGUUUAUGGAGGCGGUCCAGCUGUGGGUUUUGACGGCGGUGCUGGGAGUGGUGGGUUCCAGGGUCGCUGCGCUGGUGGUGCUGGAGUUCUCACUGCGGGCCGUUUCUGCAAGACUGAUGGCAGUGCCGGAGGCCCUCCACAGCAGCCAGCUACUGGUGCAGUGCCAGUUCUCCCUGGGCUGUGCGCUGACCUGCAGCCUCAGCUUCCUCCAGGAGGGGGCGCCGCAGAGCACCCUGAGCCUGGCGCUGAGCGCAGGGCUGGCAGGGCUGCUGUGCUGGCACACGAGGUCGCUGUGGGGGCACGUGGGCACGAUGUACAAGCUGCACAGCUCCCAGCGGUACUGCGGGGUGUGCGUCGCGCUUCUGACCUGGUCCCACGCCAUCCCGGGCCUGCUGCGCCGCGCCCUCGCCCUGGCCUUCCUGGUGGCGGCCGUUGCCGCCUUGUCCCUGAUCAACCGCGACUUCCUGUCCGCGGCCGACGCCCUGAGGUUCUGGACUCCCCUGACGAUCUGCUACACCUUGCUGGUCAUCUACAUGCAAGGUGAGGGGGGGGGCGGCCGGGGGGGGGGUGUGCGCUUCUGGGAGGCUGAGCUCGGCCCCACCAGGGGCUCCCCAGGGCCCAGGAAGGAGGGCGUCUGCUUGAGAGGCUGUCCUGAGGUCGCCCAGGCCAGCAGAAAAGAUAAGGACCUGUAG